AUGUCUUUGAGAUCAAGGCCUCUGGGCUUCAAGAACUUCCAAGUCUCGUUUCCCGAAGAGAGGAUUCUGCUGAUCACGCUGAACCGGCCCGAGAAGCUGAACUGCAUCGAUAAAGCAACAAGCAAGCAGAUCCAGAAUGUCUGGGAGCUAUUCGACGAGGACGAAACUCUGUGGGUUGGCAUCAUUACCGGCGUAGGGCGGGCCUUCUGCACUGGCGCCGAUUUACAAGAAUGGAACGAAAUGAACAAGGCCGGGGUGGUCAACAGCAUGAACCCUCCAGGGUUGGCUGGUCUGCCCCGCCGAAGCGGGAAGAAGCCGAUCAUCGCGGCCGUGAACGGCAUAUGCAUGGGCGGGGGCUUCGAGAUGGUGGCGAACUGCGACCUCGUCGUCGCCGCUUCCGCAGCCAUCUUCGCACUCCCCGAGGCGAAACGAGGCAUCGUUCCUGUGGCAGGGUGUUUGCCUCGCCUGACGAGCACCAUCGGACUCCAGCGCACGACUGACCUCGUGCUGACAGGGAGGAGCGUGGGUGCCCAGGAGCUUCAUGACUGGGGUCUGGUGAACCGAGUGGUGGAGUCUGGUGCCGGCGUUGUCCAGGUGGCAAUCCAACUCGCGCUGGACCUGUGCAGUAACAGCCCAGACGCGUUGAUCGUUGGCCGUCAAGGGAUCCGGCUGAGCUGGGAGUCCAGGAGCGUCGAGGAUGCCGUCACCACGCUCGCCGAUCAGUGGUAUCCGAGACUCAUCCAGGGUCCUAACUUUGCCGAAGGUAUCCAGGCUUUUGUGGAGAAACGUCCGCCAAGGUGGAAGGACUCGAAGCUUUGA